AUGACGACGGGCUUUGCGGCCUCUUUUUGGUCGAGCGACUAUGCCGGAGGCUUGGGCGUCCUCUUUGGCAAGCUGCAGCAGGGCGUGCAGGAAAACCAGCAGAUUCUGACCGUGGCCCGCAUGCGAGCCGAUGCCGAGGAGGCCUACGGAAACAGCCUGUCCUCGAUUACACCAGCCACAGAUCGCAUAGGCGGGGGCUUUAGCAGAGAUGAGGGCGCAAGCGUGCGCAAGGCCUACGAGGGCGUGCGCACCGAGAUGGAGGCAGCGGCCGCAAACCACAAGAAGAUUGCGUCCAACAUCCGCGAGCUUGUCGUGAACCCGUUCGGUCGCUGGUGCGAAGCGCAUGCCGCCCGCGUGCAGAACUCCCAGGACGACCUCCAAUCGCGCAUCAAGAUCCACGACCGACAGGCCGAUGCUGUCCGCAAGUACCGAUCGCAAUACUACAACAAGUGCCGGCUCGUCGAAGACCUGGAGGAGGAGGACAAGCUUGCUUUCCAGGACCCCCAGAGCGAGGCCGCACAGAGCCCCAAGAUGAAGGUGCCCACCAUAAAGAUGUCGGAGCCGGAGAAUGAGGAAGAGGAGCCCAUUGAUCUUGGUGACGAGACGUACCAGCCCGACCAGAUCAAGAAGAUCCUCACGCACAUGCUGGACAACAUCAAGAUUGCAGAGGUCAAGGUUCCCAUUCUCGGCACCUACCAGAACUGCUCAAGCGGUGCCGAUAUCACCGAAUACAUCCAGAAGCACAUGGCAGCAACCACCGUGAGCUAUGCCGAGCGCAUUGGUCAAGACCUGGUAGCACACGGCUUUCUGCGCCUAGUGGGAAACGUGGGAAACACAUUCGCCAACAGCUCCCGCAUGAACUACCAAUGGAAGCCCAAGACGUUCCAGGUGACCGGACUGCCUGAGAAGAAGCAGCCUCUCGCCCGCUCUUCUACCGCUAUGUCUAGCUCCUCAGCCGACAGCAUUGCCGUGGACUCGCCCGUCUCGACCGUGCAGGAAUACCUCCAGGGAUGGAACCCGCUCAACAACCAGUACCCGAAUGAGACACCAGCAGAGAGGCUCAGGCGGGAGGCACACGAGUCCGAUGAGCGCUACAAGGCAUCAGUCAAGAAGCUUGACUCGCUACGAUGCAAUCUGGAAGAGGCUAUGGUGGACCAUCUCAAAUUCAUGGAGCGUUGCGAAUUGGACAGGUUGAAGGCUAUCAAGGCAGUUAUCUUGGAUUUCUCUGGCGCUGUCAGCAACGUAAUUCCCAGUCUGCAGAGCACCGUCGACAAGAUGAUGCUGUUCCAGGAGACAGUUCAGCCCCUAGGCGAUCUCCGAUACAUGCUCGAGAACUACAGGACAGGGCCAUUCGUGCCUAGAGUCACGACUUAUGAGAAUUACUACAACUCAGUAGACGAACAAACAUUCGGUGUAGAUUUGGAGGCUCGGGCUCGCUCAGACAAGAAGCGUGUUCCGGUACUCAUUACGACAGUUCUCACCUUCCUAGACAACCACUACCCCGACUUGGAGGGUGACGAAGCACGUCGUGGCAUCUGGCUCGUUGAUGUUCCUCUGGCGCAGACUCACACCCUCCGAGCUGAGAUCAACACUGGAAAGAGGUUCCCAGAUGAACUACUCGAGAAGUACGAUGUACCGAUUGUUGCGAGCGUCCUCAAACUGUACCUGUUGGAACUUCCUGACUCACUGGUUUCUUCUCACGUCUACGAGAUUGUCAAGACCAUCUACAGCACCACCGCUACAGAUGUCUCCGAAGAGACUCGGGUCUCUGUUCUGCAAUCUACCCUUGGCCAACUCCGCCUCGCUAACAUCGCAACGCUCGACGCGAUCUGCACACACUUCACUCGUCUCAUUGAGUUGACAUCGGCCGACGAGACUUAUGUUACAGCACUGGCCAAUGCACUCGCACCAUGCAUCCUGAGGCCAAGACAAGAAUCGAGUUUGACGAUGAACGAGCGCUACAGCUACCGCCUCGUCCGUGACCUUUUUGCGCACAAGGAUGCCAUUUUUGGAGAGUUGAAGCGCGCGAGCACGCUCACCCACUCAGCCUCGGGCGCACAGCGCCCACGCGCGAUCUCGACGGAUGAGAGCAACCGGCGAGCAAACAUGGAAGAGCGCCAACGAGCCAUUGCAGCUCAACGCUCUCCUCGUGCGGUAUCACCAGCACCUGGAUCACGUGUCUCUGGCUCGCAUCGCCGUGACCGAAGUCAGACUCGAUUCCCCGUGAACACAUCGUCACCAACCGAAACGCGAAGGAGCAAGGGAGAUCGUGGUUCUCUUGAAGUACCUGGAAGCGACGACAGUCCUACCAACGAAGAAGUCACUGCAACCACUAAUGGUACAACAGAGCCUGCAACUGUUUCUGUUCCUGUUCCUGCUCCCGCCGAGCACCCAGCGCCAUCAAGUACCCGGGUGCCUUUCCCACGGAAACACGCAGGCAGCUUGACGAGGGGCAAUCGGGACUCUACCGGCAGCUUGAGGAGUGACGACACAGCAGCGCCAAGAGGUGUCACACUGGAAGACAAGCCCAUGGACGACUAG